CUUCACUUGAUAUAUGUCUCUUGAAAAGAUGAGGAGGAACUGCAACUUAGAACUAUGCCUUUUUCCUCAAUAUGUUUCCGAUAGCAAUCACAAUCAAAACCAUCACAUGGUUGAAGAAGAAGCAGAUAAUGAUAAGAGUUCAAUGCAAAAUCAGCAACAGCCACUGACUAUUUUCUAUGAUGGCAAGAUGUGUGUUACUCAUGUCACAGAAUUUCAGGCCAAAUCAAUCUUAAUGAUGGCAAAUAAAAAAGUGGAAGAAAUAGUAAACACACCAACAGGGUCAAAGGCACCAACACCAACAAUAGUAGAAUCCCCUCAGCAAUCGUGUAGUCCUGGUCCUGGUCUUUCAAUGAAAAGAUCUUUGCAACGGUUUCUACAAAAGAGAAAAAAUAGGAUUCAACAAGCUUCUCCAUACAAUCAUUAACAAAUUAGAAUAAAUCUUUCAAUUAAAAUAAGAUCUUUGCAAUGGUUUUUUCAGGAGAUGAUUUCAGAUCCUAAACUGAUUGUGAUUUUUUAAUAGUGACGUAGUGAGCUAGGAGAGUUUAAGGCAGGAAAAAGUAGUUGAUUCUGAUGGGUUAUCCCUUCUAUUAGGACUAGCCAAAAUGAAUGGGGUUAGUAGCUCAUGUGUGUAUAUGGUUUUGUUUUUAUCCAACAUAGAAGAAUAGGGUUAAAUAAGUGAAAAACAACAAAAGAAAAGAGAGAAGAGUGAAAAACACAGCAGCCACACCAAUUCACGCAACCUGUUUUCAGCUCCAACUAGUCCAACAAAAUUAGAGUUUUCUCACAACUCAACCGUUGGAUCGUCCAGAAACUUUAGCACAGUGUUCAUCACUCAUAGAAGUACAUUUUGAACAAUGGAGAUCGGAUACAAAGCUUUCUAAGUCUGUCUGUCGAGCCCAUUUGUGAGGUGUGAAUUUUUUGGUGUUUUUGGGUUUGUUUGUCAGCAUACUUUGGUUAGGUAUACGAAUUCGGAUCUAGCCGUAAGCUUACAUGAUCGAAAAUCCACAUCUGGGUAUAUGGUGACUUUUGUCGGGGGAGUCGUGGCUUUGCAUUCAAAGUUGCAAAAGUGUCUUGCACUCUUAACUAUCGAAAUCGAGUUUAUAAAUGUUGUAGAAGCGUCAAAAGAGUUGUUAUAGCUGAGAAAUUUUUCAAUGGAACAUGGUGUGAAACAAGAAAAGUAUGUCUUGUUUUGUGAUAAUCAAAGUUUCAUUCACUUAUCAAAGAAUUCCUCCUUUCACUCAAGGUCGAAACAUAUUGUUGUUUGUUAUCAUUGGAUUUGUGAUGCAUUAGAUUCCAAGUUAAUGGAUCUUGAGAAGAUUCAAACUUAUGAUAAUGGUUCAAAUAUGCCGAUGAAGGUGUUUCCUAGGGGAAAGUUUGAGUUUUGUCUUUCAACUAAUUGGUUGGGGGAGUUUGUUGGCUUAUCCCUCCCAUUUGGAGUGGCCCAUAUGAAUGUGGGUUAUUAGCUCAUGCGUGUGUAUGCAUUUUUUAUUAUCAAACAAAGAGAAACAAGGUUAAGUAUGUGAAAAACAGCAAAAGGAAAGAAGAGAGAAGAAUGAAAAAUACAACAACCACAUCAAUUCUUGCGGCUUGUUUUCAGCUGCGAAUAGUCCCACGAAAUCAGAGUUUUCUCAUAACUCAACUGUUGGAUCAUCCUAAAAUUUUGGCAGAGUGUUCGUUACUCAUAGGAGUACAUUCUGAAUGGCGGAGAUCAAAUUUUGAGCUUUCUAAGUGUCAUACCCUAAUUUUUGACCCCCCUGAGAUGACAUAUCUUCAGGAUUUUUCAUCAGGUCAAGACAAGUACCCAGAGCAGUCAUUUCUCCAUCUAGUACCUAAUCAAGGAUGCUCAAAGACAAGAAAGCUCAGGCAAAGGAUCAAUCAAUACAAAGAUUAGUCUCUAAUACAAUCAUGGAGCUCAAAAACUUCACUUUUCUCAUCUAUGAUUGAUUAGACAUCCAGUCAUAUGAGUACAGGUAUACUCAGGUCACCAGACUAGGGUUUUGAGCCUAUCAAGGACUAAACUCAGGGAUCACAUUUGGGAAACCCUAAGAAACCUCAGAGGGUCAUUCAAAGACAUCAAUCAUCUUCAAAUAACUCAUAUUACAAGGUCUACUGGACAUCACACUUCAAUUCAAAGUUUACAGUCAUUACUUUCACAUGGUCGACAAAUUAGGGUUUGACCUAAUUCACCAAGAUAGUUGACUUCUGAUCAGGGCAUGAAUCCAAAACUCAAGACAUGAUUCAAGGAUCUCUACUACCUCCAUAUAAUCCAUUUAUAUCAUCCAUUUGGGGAGAAGAUCUUAUUUCUACACAAAAGCCCAAAAAUUCACUUUGUCAGGAAAAAGUCAACUGUGAAGGAUCAUCAUUGACUUUUAAGGUUUUUGGUCAAAAAAUGACUUUCAAAGAUCAAUAUCAUCAAUAUAUGGAUGUCAAAGUCAUUUGGCCAAAGAAAUUCAAAGAAAUUCAUCAAGGAGCGAAAAGUCGGGAAUUAGGGUUUUUGAAGGCAUGGUGAGAUCUCAAAAUUUCACCUACACAACUCAAAAAACUUCCAACAUGAAAGUUGUAGAUCUUGCCAAAUAAAACAACAUCUUACA